AAAAUAUUAUAAUGGUUAAGAAACUAAUCUUCAUCUGUAUCUUACUCCUCUUAAGCCUGGUCGUAGCUCACAAGCCAGGCUUAGUUGCUGUUGUAAAGAAAGGGAUUGUUGACAAAGUCAGGGACAAAUACUUCACAUCUCUCUUUGACCAAUUAGGUCACCAGAGUAUUCCUGACAUUAAGAGCGGGGAUCUGAAGCUGACCAAGAUCACUGCUGAGUUGAGUAAUGACUCUCCUAAUAACUUGCAAGCCUCAUUCAAAGAGGAUAUUAAUGCAAUCAAUAUUGAUCUAAAAAAUACUCAUAUUGAUGUUAAAGUUAACUGGAGAUAUCAUAAAUCAAUUCUCACCUUAAAAGGAAGCGCUAGAAUUAGAGGAACUUUAAGUGAUCUUGGCAUGAACAUUGUUAUGCAAGACACAAAGGAUGGAGACUUCACAAUUCCACAUAUAAAUGCUAAAGAUAUGAGAGUGUCAAUCAGUAAGAACAAAAUUAAGUUAGAUUUCCAUUGCAAGGGUUGUCCUAAACCUGUCGAAUCAUUGAUUUCUAAAGCUCUUAAAGGAAAACUUGUUGAUGAAGUUCAGAGUCAAAUCAAGAAACAAGUCCCAAAACAAGCGAACAGUAUCGGAAAUUCUGUUAUCAAGAAGACCUACCCUAAGACUCUCAACCUCUAUGAUAACAUCUCUCUUGCUACUGCAUUGACUUCUUCAAUUGUAGUGAAAUCUGAUCACCUAGAAGUACCUAUUGAUGCAACCUUCUUUCCUAAAAGCCAGGGUUACAAUCAUUCUUCAGAGCCAAUAGACAUCCCUCACUACAAUAAGGAUGAUCCUGGAGAGAUUAUGCUGUUUUUCAGCCCAUAUUUGGCCCAGACUCUGGCCAAGACUAUCGACACUGAGAAGUUAGUCUAUGAUUUCCCUCUUUUUGAAAUUCAACAUCAGUUAUCAAUAGACCCUGAAGCUGGGCCAACUGUAAUCUCCUUUGAAGAUGGAGAUCUCAUUGCUAAAGGUAAUGCCAAAAUCAUGGCUCCUGUCUAUGGAGUAGGUGUUUCCAUUGGGGUAACAUUGAAGCUUGAUAUGAACAUCUUGAAUGGCGAAGGCGAUAAUAUGUUGUCUGUGAUUCCAAAAGUAAAGGGACUAGAGUUAGAGAAAUUUGAUUUCAUAACUCCAAAAGGAAGCCCUUCAGACUCAGGUAUCCCAGCUUCUUUCAUAAAAUCCCUCCUUACCAGUCAUGUCGGCUUGGUUGGACUAUCCAAUAACAGUAAUUUUGAAACACCCAGAAUAGAUUCAAAGGAAUUACUUGCUUAUCUAAACAAACUGAUUCCAAUGUUCCUAGAUCAGCUAGUCUUGCCUACAGUAGAGAUCCCUCAGCAGGAUAUCUUGCCGUUACAGGUGACCAAUAGUGAGCUUGACUUCCAUAAAGGAUAUUCUGAGCUUGGCCUAUUGUUUAAGUUUACUGGAUAUUAG